AGAAAUGAAUACGUCAUCACAUACGUCACUCGGGAACGUUCAUGAGGAGAGGCAAGUGUGAGCGUGAGCGUAUGUGAGCGCGCGUCAUGCGUGAGCGAGGAUACUUCUGGGAAAAGGAAAGAAAAUAUUUAGUUUUUUACAUGCUUCUUCAUCUUCUGUUUCUCUCGUCUUCUUCUUCAUCUUCCGCCCACUGACAUCAGUGGAAUGUUUCAAUCUCUCUCGAUAUUGAGGUUAAUCUGAUUAUGAAGAUUACCUCUGCGAGACGCCCUCAUCAAUGACGACUAAAAUGGAGACUCCUUUCUACCAUGACGACUCGCCCGCCGUCUCCGGUUUCAGCCACUUUGCGGAAUACGAGCUUUAUGCCGGAAACAAGAUGCUGAUGAGCAAGAAGGCCAUGUCCUCAGCGGGUAGCCAUCACUUCCCCGGUGGGGGCGGUAGCGUGGCAGUAGGAAGGGCGACAAACUCCAACAACAUUGGACUUGACAACAGCUCCCUCAUGACGUCAUCAUCCGCCGACAUGAGCCAAUUGAAGCUGGCCUCACCCGAACUGGAGCAUUUGAUUAUCCAGUCCAACCAAGGCCUGGUCACCACCAGCCCGGUGUCCAGCUCCACCCAUCCUUUCAUCUACCGCGGCCAGGCCACGAAUGAGCAAGAAGGCUUUGCUGACGGUUUCGUCAAAGCCCUCGCAGACCUUCAUAAGCAAAACCAGCUGGUCGGAUGUCCCAUGUCCCCGUCUUCCUCCUCCAACGUCUCCCUGCAGGUGUCCUACCAGAGGAACUUAAUGACCAGCGGUGACAUCCCCAUCUACACCAACCUCAGCAGCUACAGCCACGGACAGAUGGCGUUCUCUAGCGGGCAGAUGGCAUACAGGGGUGUUUCGGACCAUAACGGCACUCAAACGCACACUCGAGUUCCAGAUGCUCCUCAGACGGUCCCUGAUGUCCCCCAUCCGUCCGGAGACCCGACGUCCCCGCCCUGUCUCUCGCCCAUGGACCUAGAGACGCAAGAGAGAAUCAAAGCAGAGCGCAAAAAGCUCCGCAAUCGCAUCGCGGCGUCUAAAUGCCGUAAGCGCAAACUGGAGCGGAUCUCACGGCUGGAGGAGAAGGUGAAGAUCCUGAAGAAUCAGAACUCGGAUUUGGCCUCUACUGCCUCGGUGCUGCGGGAGCAGGUCGCUCAGCUGAAACAGAAGGUCAUGAGUCAUGUCACCAACGGUUGCCAGAUUGCUGUCAGCUCUGCCACCAAAUCAGGAGGAGGGGGCAGCGCUGGAAGCAAGGACUGCUGAGGAGACCAGAUAAUCAGAUUACAUUUUUUUACAACGUUGGCAGAUUUGCAAUCAACUAAGGCUUGUUUUUCCUAAGACAGGGAGGAGCUUGGCAGGAGACUUCCUGGACAUGAACAAAGUUAACGGAUUCUGACACAAGUUUGAAACUCUUUAAGGAGCUCAGCUAUUAUUCAUUUGAACUAAUUUUGCAUCUUCAAUAGGGCUGGGUUAAAACUGGGAAUUUUGGUAUCAUUAUGGUACGUAAAUACAGGACUAGUAAUAGUGGGGGCCCUUAAGGAGAUUUUAGGGUGUGUUCGUUCAAUUUUGUCUAAAAGUGCCAAAUUUGGCACAGGUGUGGCCAUACUUGCCAACCCUCCCGGAUUUUCCGGGAGAGUCCCGAAAUUCAGCGCCUCUUCCGAAAACCUCCCGAGAUAAAUUUUCUCAGGAAAAUCUCCCAAAAUUCAGCUCCAUGCGGACCUGAGUGAGGACAGCCUGUUUUCACGUAAGCUUUCCCACAAUAUAAACAGUGUGUCUGCCCAAUGACGCUAUAACUGUAGCAUGAUCGAGGGCGAGUUCUUAGUUUCUUAUAUGGGUUUAUUGUUAGGCAGUUUCAUUAACGUCCUCCCAGUGCGGUAACAACACACAACAACAGCAGUCACGUUUUCGUCUAUCGUAAAGCAGUUUGUCUGCCGUAAACAGCAAUGUUGUGACACUCUUAAACAGGACAAUACUGUCAUCUACUGUACAUGCAUAUGGUUAGAAAAAUAGUGACAGAGAAUAGAACAAGGAUGGACGAUUCAACCCGUAACUCAAUAAUGAGUAGAUGAGUGUUAUGAGUGUGUGUAUAUGUGUAAAUAAAUUAACACUGAAAUUCAAGUAUUUCUUUUAUAUAUUGUGGACGUUUUUCCUCCUCUCCCCUCCCGCACCCGUCGGGUAGACUGGAUCACCACUGCCAGCUUUAGAGUUUCACAGUUUUAUUUUCCUCUUUCACUCAACAGUUUGGCGUCUGCUUUUCAGCUCCCACACAACCGUUCUCGUCCCUCUGUGCAGCUCUCUGCCUCUCCUCAUGAUCUCCAGCGCUGCCUAAUUAAGGAACAGGUGAUGAGAUAACUUGUUCCAGCUGAGGUAUCCACUCACCUGUUGCUGCUUCGUGGCCGGCCCCUGCACAUACCCCGCCCGCAGGGAAAGCGUGCGCCACGCCCCUCU